AUGGUUUCUACCCAAGAGGGUAAAGAGGAGGGGGGCCCCCCGGGGGCCCCCAGCGAGGAUUUCCAGGGGGCCCCCGGGGGCGUGGGGGCCCCCGCGGCUGCUGCUGCUGCUGCGCAGCCAGCAGCAGCAGCCCCCAAGAGAGAAGCAGAAGCAGCAGACAACGAAGCAGCAGCAAAACGUCACAAAGCAGCAGAAGAACAGGGGGCCCCUGGGGGGCCCCCCCAGCAGCAGCAGCAAGUGCUUCCUGAGGCAAUGAGGCCCCUGGGGUCUAUGCCCACCUCAGCAGCAGGGGGCCCCUCAGUUGCUGCUGCUCCUAUCUACAGAGAAGACCCGGCGAAGGCGGCCCAGGAGCAGCAGCAGCAGCAGCAGCAGCAAGGCGAAGACACGCAAAUCGCGCCCGGAGUUCUGCAGCUAGCCCCCUUCGGCAGAAACGCCCACGCCUCUGUCGCUGUCUCCCGCCCUUCCCUUUAUGUAGAGUCUUUGCCCCCUCAGGGAUUAGCAGCAGCAGCAGCAGCAGGAGCAGCAGCAGCAGCAGCAGCAAUGGGAGCAGCCGCAGCAGCGGUGGGGGGCCCCUGCGAGGGGGGCCCCCUGGGGGGCCCCCGAGGCGUUAAAGAUGACUUGGCAGACACCCCAGCAGACCGCCCGCCAGUUUCUUUAGACCCUCAUCAAGUGAAGCAAAGAGAAGAAGAGGCAGCUUCAGAAGCAGCAGCAGCAGCAGCAGCAGCUCCUGUUGUGCCGAGCUGCAGCAGCUGGUUCAGCGAAGGGGAAAUAAGUUCUGUGGAGAGAGACAUCCUGCCUUCGCUGUUCACAGGCAGUUCUGUGCUGGAGUCUGAGCGCGACGGGGUGUACGUACACCUCAGGCAGUCGCUCAUGGACUUGUACAGGCAAAACCCUCAAAAGUAUCUAUCUUUUACGGAGUGCAGACAAAGCAUUCCGGGAGACGCGGCGCUGCUGCUGCGGGUUUACUGCUUCCUGGACUACUGGGGUUUAAUUAACUUCCAGGCCAAUCCGGCGACAGUGCCUUCUUCAGUUCGCCGCAAACGCGAGUUCCUUUUGAAGGAUAUGCAGAGCUGGAGCCGCGCAUCCAUUUAUGAGAAGCUGCAGCAGCACGGAGCAGCAGCAGCAGCAGCAGCAGCAGCAGCAGAGACCAGCGCAGCACCUCAAGGAGAAGGGCCUUGGCGCUGCGUCUCCUGCGGCAAAAUUUGCCUCUAUUCUUAUUACAUACUUAAGCCAGGAGGCACUGCCGGAGUUUCUUUGGGCGUAAUGGACAGCUGCGUGUGGUGUCUUCGCUGCUACGCGGAGGGCCGCUAUCCCCAUGUGCUCACAUCCCGCAACUUCGUGAAGGUGGAUCUUCUGAUUGCGGGGGCAACAGCGGACGGAAGCGACUGGCAGCUGGACGAGAUAGAGAGGUUGAUUGAGGCCAUUGAGCUGCACAAAGAUGAUUGGGAUGAAGUGGCGGAACACGUGGGAGGUGGACGUACACCUCAGCAGUGCGUCGAGCGGUUUAUAAAACUUCCAACUCAAGAACCUUUUCUUGAGGCUAGCAAACACGUCGUCAGCGGGACAGAGCAAACCCCCUUUUCGAGUUUCGCAAACCCUUUAUUGUCUCUUUUGGCUUUUCUUUCUUCCGUAGUUCACCCCUCAGUGGCAGCAGCAGCAGCAAGAGCUGCGCUGCAGGAAACAGUUAAUUUGGCGGUUUCCAGCAAGGAUUUGCUGCCAGAGAAGGAGGGGCAAGCUGCUGCUGCUGCUGCUGCCAGCAGCAGCAGCAGCAGCAGCGCUGGGGGCGGCGGCGCGGCGGACAAGGAGGGCGCUGCAGCAGAGCCUGCAGCAGCAGCAGCAGCAGCAGCAGCUCACGGGGCAGCAGCAGAAGGGGGGGCCAACGGAGUGGGCGUGAAGCAGGAAGCGCCUGCUGCAGCAGCAGAUGGGAAGACCAGCAGCAGCAGCAGCAACAGCAGCAGCAGCAGCAGCAAGGAGCUGCUUGUGGGGGAAGAGGCGCUGCAGGUGGCAGCAGCAACAGCCCUAGCAGCAGGAGCAGCAAGUGCAGCAGAGCUGCAGCAACUCGAGCAGCAAAACAUCGGAUGUUUGCUGCGCUCUGUUGCAGAAGUUCAAAUGAGAAGGGUUUCUCUAAAGUUGAAAAAGCUGCAGGCCCUCCAGGAGGUUGUGGCGCGAAGCAAGCAGCAGAUGGAGAACCGCCUGUCGCAGCUGUUUGCAGAACACUCCGACCUAAUGGCGGAGCUUGAAGGGACAAGGAGUCUUGGGCAGUCAGCUGUUUUGCCGUAG